AUGGCAGAUAGUGUGGUUGCCUUCCUCUUAGAUCACUUGUCCCAGCUUCUAGCACACGAAGCUAAGUUACUCUCUGGCGUGGAGGACAGAAUCAGAUCCCUCCACAACGAACUCGAAAUGAUAAACGAGAUCCUCAAAACCUUCGGGAGGAAGAAGCACAAGAGCGAGAUAGAGCAAACAGUUGUGAACCAAAUUAGAGACGUUGCCUACGAAGCUGAAGACGUUGUGGACACGUUCAUCGCCAACGUGGCCGCACACAAGAAGAGAAGCAUCCUGGAGAGAACGCUUCACGUCGUGAACCAUGCCAAGUUGCUUCGGCACUUGGCCGAGAAAAUAGACAAGACAAAAGCCACUAUCAAUGAAAUUUGCCAGAACAGAAUUAAGUACCUCCAGUUCCAAGAAGGUGAAGAAUAUGACAGAGAAGACGAGGAGAGGGUGCAAUCACUCCACGAGCGAAGAAGAAACGUGGAGGAAAACGAGGUCGUGGGGUUUUUCCGUGACUCCAAGCAACUCAUCACGCGGCUCGUGGAAGGGGGUUCGGCGCGUGGCGUGGUCUCAAUCAUUGGCAUGGGUGGAUUAGGAAAAACCACCCUUGCACGGAAGGUGUACAACAGCAACGAAGUGAAACAACACUUCGACGUUCGCGCGUGGGUUUAUGCAUCUAAUGAUUGCAGAGCUAGGGAACUUAUGCUUGGCCUUCUGAAGCAUUUGAUGCAGAGCCAUAAACCUCGCGAUAGCUUGAGCAAGGAUGAAGCAAAAGAAAUGCGAUGGAAAAGCAAGAAGCAUAAGGAAAUAAUAGAUAAACUCGAGGUUGCAGACAUUUCUAGCUUGAGCAAAGACGAAAUGAAGGGAAUGCUGAGGGAAUACUUAAAGAAGAAGAGAUAUUUACUGGUACUGGAUGACUUGUGGAAAACCCAAGACUGGGACGAGGUAAAAGAUGCUUUUCCAAAUGACACCAGAGGUAGCAGAAUAUUGAUUACAAGUCGUUUGAAAGAGGUGGCCUCGCAUACCAGCCGAGACCCUCCUUAUCUCCUUCCAUUUCUCAAUGAAGAAGAAAGUUGGGAGCUUUUCUCCAAGAAAGUGUUCAGGGGAGAAGAAUAUCCUGUUGACCUAGUUCCUCUGGGCAAAAAAUUAGUUGAAAGUUGUCGCGGUUUGCCACUCUCUAUUGUGGUACUGGCAGGGCUUCUAGCAAAUAAGGAAAAGUCACAAAGAGAAUGGUCCAAAGUGGUGGGUCAUGUCAACUGGUAUCUUACUCGAGAUGAGACUCGCGUCAAGGAUAUACUCAAACUCAGCUACGACAACCUCCCUAAAAGGUUGAAGCCGUGCUUUGUGUACUUUGGGAUAUUCCUUGAAGACUCUGAAAUUCCUGUAAGGCCUUUGUUGGAACGAUGGGUUGCUGAAGGGUUUAUUCAAGAAUCGGGGAGUAGGGAUCCUGAGGAUGUUGCUGAAGACUACUUGUACGAACUCAUUGAUCGUAGUUUGGUUCAGGUGGCACGAUUGAAAGUCAGUGGAGGUGUGAAAAAGUGUCGCAUCCACGAUCUUCUUCGGGACCUCUGCAUAUCCGAGAGCGAAAAGGACAAGGUUUUUGAAGUUUGCAUGGAUACUAACGUUCUAACUCCGACAAAACCCCGUAGGUUGUCCAUCCAUUGUAGCAUAAACCACUAUAUUUCUUCAAACAACAACAACCACUCGUGUGUUCGUUCUUUGUUCUACUUGGACAACCUAUCCUACAAGUUUUCUCGUAGCGAGUGGGAAUGGCUCUUCAAAGGCUUCAAAUUGGUUCGGGUGUUAGAUCUUGGGAGGAACCUCUGCAAUACUAUCCCUUCCAACGUAGGGGGUUUCAUCCACCUAAGGUUUCCAACACUUGAGGUGUUUCAGAUGAAAAAAUUGGCUGUUCGAAAAUGGACAUUGGGCAAAGGUUCAAUGCCACGCCUUCAGAGUCUGCUCAUCGACAAAUGUCAUUGGUUGGAUGAUCUCCCAUCUGAAAUAUGGUUUUUGACAUCCUUAAGAAAAGUGCAGAUUCAGCAACCCUCACAAGGAAUGGCUCGCAUGCUAAGAAUUGUUGAAGUGAUGGAUGGCUGUAAACUCGUAGUAGAGUGA